CGUUGCUGUUGACUUGGACCUCCCUUUUGAAUCAUUCCCACCGCCUACUCUCUCCCACACUGCAUAAAUCCCUUCCUACCCUUCUUCCAUAUUCGCACUCAGGAUCUCGAUUUCAAUCCGCGUCCGUAGAUCUAGACUCGGGAACAUGAAGAACAAUCACAACAGUAAUCAGAAUCAAAUGAUCUCACUCUUCAAGCUCUUCAAUGCUCCAUUACAUCUAUCCAAUCUCCUUUCUCUCAUCCUAUUCUUCGCCUUCGGUUUAUGUUUCGGUAUCAUUCUCACUUUCCACCUCAAAAACGUCUCCUUCAAUCUCCAGUUCACACAAUUUUCUCUCUCCACCACCACCAACACGGCAGCCCCGGCGGACGUUAUAACCACACCACAAACAACCCCGCCGCCGCCGAAAGUUGGAUUGGGAAGCUACUUGAACCCACCGGAACUGAUGCACGAUAUGACUGAUGAAGAGUUGAUUUGGAGAGCAUCGAUGGUGCCGAAAGUUAGAGAUUACCCGUUCGAGAGAAUCCCGAAGGUUGCCUUCAUGUUUUUGACUAGAGGUCCGGUGGUGUUGUCGCCGCUGUGGGAUAAAUUUUUCAAAGGGAACGAAGGUCUUUACACCAUUUAUGUUCAUAGCUCCGAUUCGGCUGCCAAUGAAACGGAGCCGGAGGAUUCUGUAUUUCAUGGCCGGCGAAUUCCAAGCAAGGAUGUGGAAUGGGGAAAAGUCAAUAUGAUCGAAGCCGAGCGUCGACUAUUAGCAAAUGCGCUAAUGGAUUUCACAAACCAACGAUUCAUUCUGCUAUCAGAAGCUUGUAUUCCCUUGUUCAACUUCUCAACAGUGUACUCUUACCUGACAAACUCAAAGCAUAACUUUGUAGAGUCCUAUGAUUUAGAGGGGCCUGUUGGUCGUGGGCGCUAUAGCCCCAAUAUGGCACCCGUUGUAGAUAUCGAGGAUUGGCGAAAAGGGUCACAAUGGUUUGAAAUGGACCGUGAGUUGGUUAUUGAAGUGAUAUCUGAUAAGAUGUAUUUCUCAGUGUUCCAUGACUUUUGUGAUGGACAAUGCUAUGCAGACGAGCAUUACUUGCCAACAUUUGUUACUAAGCAUUUCGGUGAGAAGAAUUCGAAUAGAACGUUGACUUUUGUUGACUGGGCGAAGGGCGGGCCCCAUCCGACUAAGUACACAAGAAAUGAUGUAACCGAAGAGUUUUUAGAGAAAUUAAGGGACGAUAGGAGCUGUGAGUAUAAUGGAAAGAAAAACCAGAUAUGUCACCUCUUUGCGAGGAAAUUCACGUCACAUGCUUUAGAUGGGUUGUUAAGAAUUGCACCAAAGCUUAUGCAAUUCAAUGACUUAUAA